CAGAGAAAGGACAGAUAUUCACACCUCAGAAGACUCGUCCUUCUUUUCAAUCAAACCCAUAAAUACCACAGACGCUGAUUGCCAUGGAUUGCUGUGCCUCUCGCAGCUGCAGUGUCCCCACCGGGCCCGCCACCACCAUCUGCACCUUCGACAAAUCCUGCCGCUGCGGAGUCUGCCUGCCCAGCACCUGCCCACACACGGUUUGGUUACUGGAGCCCACCUGCUGUGACAACUGUCCCCCACCCUGCUACAUUCCUCAGCCCUGCGUGCCCACCUGCUUCCUGCUCAACUCUUGCCAGCCAACUCCAGGCCUGGAGACCCUCAACCUCACCACCUUCACUCAGCCCUGCUGUGAGCCCUGCCUCCCAAGAAGCUGCUGAUGGAUGGCUACUUUGCUCAGUGCCUGAGGUUGAAAGAGUCAGCAUAGAAGCUUUAGCAUUCACGUAUCUCAGUACCUACAACUAAUGUGCUCUGUUUUAGAAAUUGGAACAAGGAUGUUGCUAUCACAAUCACCCCUUGCAAAUAAAAAGAGACCAAGAAACUUUCAAUGACCAUUCAGCUAUAACCAACUGCAGUCUGAAUUAGUGGAUGCCUACAGCUUCCCGAAGCUGUUCGAUUCCUUCAUAUUAAAGUGUCUCUUUCUGUGGGUGCUUUGGGAAUUCUGUUUCCAGUCUUGGGUGCUAUCUUUCUGGAAAUUAAGGAAGUUCUUCAUGAUUAUCCUAAUAAAUUUUACAUCUCUGGCAUAGCACAAA